AUGGCGGACCUAUCCAUCGAUGAGGCGAACAAGAUUCGUCUCUCUAUGGGCCUCUCUGCUCUUCCCGGUGGAAGUACGCCUGCAGCACCCGCAGCCCCCGGCCUCGACUUCAAGGCGGCGCAAAAUGGCGACGACUCAGACGAAGAGCCUGCGAGCACCAUCGACACGCGCCAGGCCGCCGCUUCGGACAACUGGAAGAAAUUGGAAGAAGCGCGACUGGCCAAGAUAAGACGUGAAGAACGCGCCGCGGCGAUCAAGAAGGAGCGCGAAAAGGCGGCGCGCUUUGCAAAGCUUGAGGGCAAGGGGCUGGCGGACGAAGCAGACGUCGACGAUGACCUGGCCUGGCUGAAAAGCAGCAAGAAGCGCCAGAAGAAGAUCGCCAAAGAGGAGCAGAUGCGCAAGGAGCUCGAAGAGCGCGAGCGCCAGGCACUCGAGGCCAUGCAAUAUACCGACAAGGACCUUGCUGGUGUCAAAGUUGGACACGAGGUCGACCAAUUCGACGAUGAGGACCAGAUCCUCGUUCUCAAGGACACUGCAGUCGAUGCGGAAGACGAUGACGAGCUAGAGGCGGUUGAACUCAGAGAAAAGGAGCGACUACAAGAGCGACUCGAUUCGAAGAAGCGGAAGCGCGCAUACGACCCCAACGAUAUGGACGAGGGAGGCCAGAAGUCGAUACUUGCACAAUACGACGAGGAGAUUGAGGGCAAGAAGCGCAAUGCGUUCACAUUGGACGGCAAGGGCCGAACUGUUGAAGACGUGCAGGCUGAAGUCGCGGGUGCUUCAAGGCCAAAGAAGGUUGCGAUCAGUCUGGACAUACUCAAAGAGGACGCGCCCACCAACGAUUACAUGGACGUGUCGGAAGUCAAGAUGAAGAAGCCUAAGAAGAAGAAGGGCAAGAAGUCCAAGCGAGAACGCGUCGAAGAUGAUGAGGAAAUGCUUGCCAUGCCUGCGGAAGACACUGCAGCUGGCGACGACAUGGACAUUGACGGUGGUGAAUCCUCCGCACCACAACAGAAGAAGAAGAAAGUCUUUGACGAGUCAUUCGUGGACGACGACGAUCUUCAAGCAAAUCUCGCAGCACAGCGUCAGAAGGCCCUCAAGAAGCGCAAGAAGAUGCGACCAGAGGACCUUGCACGGCAAUUACGCGAAGAUGUAACCCCUCAGCCAGACGUUAUGGAGUGUACUGAAGAUGGUGAUGGUGGCCUCGUCAUCGACGAGACAACCGAGUUCGUACAAAAUCUAGGUGCUGCAGGCGAUGCCGACGAGGAGGAAGCCCGCCGGAAGCGUAGAAAGUCUAGCCACAUCUCGGAGGGCACGAAGUCCAUGGGUGAUAUCCCCGUCGCUGAUGAAGACGGUGAUGUCGAAAUGGGCCAAUUCUACGCUGAAGCAGCCGAAGCAGAAGAGGCCCGCAACCGCAGCAUCUCGCGGGCUCGCUCCACAGACAUUACCGAAACGGGUCUCGAGGCGGAAAAGACUGUCGACCAAGGUCUAGGUGCCACUCUCGCCCUACUCAAGCAACGAGGUCUGGUCACAGAAUCCGACGCCUCCGACAAGAACGCCAUGUACCGCGACCGCCAAAAGUUCAUUGCCGACAAGGCCAAGGCCGAAGCUGACGCCGAGCGCCAACGCAAGAUCGCUCGUGAACGCGAACGAGGUUCCGCCCGCUGGAACAACAUGACCCCCCGUGAGCGCGAAGAAUGGGCCCGCAAAAACAACACCAGCGCCGAGAUCGUCGAGAGUCGCCGUCUCGCUGAGCUCUUUAACAAGGAGUACACGCCCAACAUCGAGCUGAAGUAUGUUGACGAACACGGGCGCCACAUGAACCAGAAAGAAGCCUUCAAGCAGCUCAGUCACCAGUUCCACGGCAAGGGUAGUGGAAACACGAAGACGAAGAAGCAACUUGAUAAGGUUGCUGCUGAGAAGAAGAAGAUGGCUGAGAGUUCGCUUGAGGCGAGUAGGAGUGGGGGUGGUGGGUUGGGAAAUGCGUUUGAUGAUCAGGCCAAGAAGAAGGGUACUGCUGGUGUCCGUCUGCAAUAG